AUGGUCCCGCAAGGAAGUGAGGGUGAUGUUAAUGGCUCCGAAAGACCUCUGCCUCUUGACUGGCCUGGUGAGCGAAAUCCUAGUCGGUGGGAUGUGCACGAUGCCAACGAACCCUCCGGGGCCACUUUCCUCCAGCGAUUCAAAGCGGCCUUGCUCCUGAGUGACGACGCUCGCGGCUGUCAGAGAUUGGUGACCCGGUUCGUGCUGGAAGAGCCAGUCAUCCAGGGCCGGCCCUUAGAAGAAGAGUCGAUGGCGACUGGCCCUGCCAGGAGGUACACAUAUCCAAUGUUCAUGCUGUCCGGGCUCCCGCUUCUUCCACAGGCGGAUCAACUUGCAGCAUUACAGACUUCAUUCUUUACUUCGUUCAAGACACACAUAUUCUUAGACUCCAUUCUAGUCCCAGGAGGAUCCCAGGAAGUCGGUCCACCUUAUCUUGCACUGGCUAUUGCAUGUCUCGCCUCGGCAGUGUCGCAGAAUUCUACCUCAUGCAGCCCGGUCACCCAUCACCUGUUCGUAAAUGGAACAAGUUUAUGGAGUGCCAUAUUAAAAGUAGACAGCCGAGAGGCUCGAUUGACAGAGGCUGUAUUAUCAGUACGUUCUAGAAAUCCUACCCACGCAGUGGACAUAUACAAUGCCAAGCGAACUUUAUGA